UUGGAGAGCGGCGCGCCGUCGACGGUGGCGUGCGCACAACACACAACUUGCGGUUGUGUGUACGCGCGGUGUGUUUGUUGGUGGUGUGCCGCGCGUCGAAUGCUCGAAAGCGAGUCAGUCUGGCGCUGACCGCACGACGCACUCGCACGACGCUCAGCGCGGAUAUUCUUACGCAACCUGCGGCGGCCCAGUUUCGACAAAUCGGUUGAGUUUCGUACGUUGCCAACAUUCAAGCAUUCGGAUAUAAUGAGCCCCGCGUCGUCGGGACCCUUGGAAGUCGAACGCUACAUUGGUGCCUGUUUGAUUUCCUCGCAACAAUCGCGGCAUAAGAAGAACUAUCAUCAGCACCACCAUCAGGGAGGAGGACACCAUCAUCAACCACAACACCACCAGCAGCAUCAACAUCAUCAAAAUGGUUUAGUACAUCAUCCGGAUAAUCUGUACAAUUAUCACCGGUUGCAGAGAUGUAAUUCCGAUGGGCAUUGGGCACCCAAUGGUGGUGUACCUUUGCUGUAUAACCACCAUUAUAACCCGCAUGUGACCAAUGAAAAUCUAUCGCGUCUGGCUGUACAGACACAGGGUAUCCCGUUGAUUUUGAGUAAUAAGUAUCACAAUCGACGAAAUAAGCAUCGAAAUGGAAACUUUGGUAAUCCAGGUACCACAGGGACGCUUCAAACAUCCACUCAACAAGGUGGUAGUAGUGGAGGUGUGCAAGUGAAUGUGAAGGACCUCAAAGACGUUGGGCCCGUCAAGGGUACCACGCAGUGCACCGACACCGUGUCAAUUGCAAGCGACGAAAGUUGCGCUUCCAAUGCCUCGGACACCUGCCUACCACGAAUUAUCAAGCCUCGUAAACGCCAAAAAGACCGCAAACCCCAACACCACCUUAGAACCCUUCAGGUUGGUGCAGGAGGUGAUUCAGCGUAUUCUUCCGCACAGGACACCUGUAGCAGUAAUGGUUCUGCCACAUCAAGUCCAGAUAUAGAUUAUUUCGUCGCACCUUUAAAUAAUUACUAUGGGUUUAAUUAUCAACAUCAACAACGGCAGCAUAAGAUGUUGCAGGAGGAGAAGAACGAGACGCCAAAGUUGAGUCAUCUCUUUGAGGAUGUCCUCGAGGACCUGGACGCGAAGGAUCUCAAUGGUAACGAGACCUCGUGUCAGUGUCGGUAUUGUGACCCCAGCGGGCAGAUUUGGGACAUGGAUGUGGAUUACCUCUCGCCGUCGUCGUUGAAUUUUGGUUCCACUGGGUAUUCAGACAAUACACCUUCAAACCAGGCGGAUUUUAAUCGAGCACCUUCGAGGCCUUAUCUCCGGAGGCAUUCAUCGGACCCGCAGAGUUUGCUGGAGAGCUUAUCGACGAUAAGUUUGGAUGAUGAUUGUACAUCAUCUUCGUUAUCUUCAGCAUCCUCAUCGACGUCAUCGGUGCCCACAACGUUGUUGAGUGCGCCGAACUCGCCCAAUCUGGAGGUGUCCACCGAGAUUGUCACGUCGCACAAUGGACAUCGUGAUUUGGAGAUUAAAUUCUUUAGUAUUUUCUCGGGCAGUGACAUCAGGGUUGAUCGGAGUGUGUUUGGUGGUCAAUGGUUAAGAGACACGAAGGAUACUAAGUUAAGUGAUGUCGAGGAUGAUCGAGUGGAGGAGGAUAAUCAGUGCACGAAAUGACGAAAUGCAGACGUGAUCAUUGUGUGAUCUCAUUUCUUUCUUUGCUGUUGUUGUUGUUUUUUUGUUUCGUGUGUGUGAGUUUGGUGCUGGCGAGACCAGACCAGACGCGAAACGGUUGUUUGAUGGUGUUGCGAGAUUAAUUAGUGGGGCGCUGUGGAAACAAUCGAUGGACCUAAUUUCCAGCCGGCGUGAAUUUUUGACUGUUGUUGUGGUGUGUGCUGCGCUGGUGAAGAGUAGGUCUUGUUUGCGCACUCGAGGAUGCAGUAAAACAAACGCGGAUAAUUGAGGAAAAGAAAGUGUGCUUUGAGCGCGUCAUGCUCGGCCUGCGUGCACGACUCAAGUCAAGCCACAUGCUAAGCUCUCUUCUUUCUUCUUUGGCAUGAGGGGACGCGCAGAGUGCGCAAGCGCCUUUCUAAGCAAAGCGUGGCAUUAGCGUUCCGUUCCGUACCGUUUCGUCGUGUAACGUCUUAAAUGGUCUAACCAACCCAACGGGGCAAUUGAUAAACAGUAUUUAAAAUAAACUGUUAAUCAAUCAAUAUUUUUAAAUUUUUUGGAGUCAAUUGAAAAUUUAGUAGAUUACUAUUGAUUGAGUUGUUAAAAUAUUUUAUUUCUCGUGUUGGGUUUUGAAAAGUUGGUUAGGAAGCAAAUAAACGAACGAUGACGGACGCGGCUCGCUGGAAUUGGGUUAACAGACGUCUCACGACGAGCCGGAGUCUCGCGCAUCUGCAUAUACACUGUGUGUUGAUGAUGAAGCGCUUGAAGAACGAAGAAGAAGAAGCACUGCUUUUCUCUCUGCUCUAGUGAGCGCGCUGCGCGCACAUUGUGCGUGGAAAACAAAGACGCGUUAACGAAUCGACUUAUUAGACCUCCUCAGACCUGCUGCGCGGCGAAGAAGAUUGAAGAUACCGGUCAAUUCGUUGAAGCAGCAAACGCAUGCGCCGCGCUGCGCGCGCGUUGACUUAGUUUGGUUUCGGUGACCCACAUAAUCUUCUCACAAGAUUUUGUCGUUUUUUUUCUCUUCGUUCAUUCGUUCGGUGUGACUUUAUUCUUUUACGCUUACACACACGCGUCUUGUUUAUUAUUCAUCAUUAAAUUAAAUUUAAUGUUUUGAGUUUUUGGUUCAAUUAAUUAGGCGUAGAUAAAGAAAUGCUACGUGGUUAAAUAGAAAUUGGUAUUUAUUGUAUUGGAUUUAUAUUAUUUUUGGAGUUUUUGGCUUUGGCGCACAUUGCAGGGAUUAAUUUAUUAGGUUUAAAAUAAAUUAUUUUUUUAUUGGUAGCAUUUUAUUGGAAAUUUUUUAAACGACUGCAAAUAUUAUGUGUGUGUCUGUGGUUUUAUUUUUUUAAAUUUUUUGUUAUGUUUUUAUUUUCCAUUUUUAUUUUAUUUUUUAACAAUUAAUUUGCGUGUCUCAUUAUGUUCUAAUUUAUUUAUUACGUUUAUUUUCGUCAUGUGUGCACGAUUGUGAGUGUGCACUAUAUUUGUCUAUAAAUAAAUAUGUGUGUUGUCUGUCUAUCUCUAUCACUGAUGAACGGACAUCAAUUUUAUUUUA